AACGCCAUUGCGAGGGGCAAACACCACCGGGCAUCUCCCAGAAGUACUGUCGACAGUGCGCUGGAUUAAGGAAGAAUUCUCCUGAAUUUAUUCUGCCGUCCCCCUUUGCCUUUUUCCGCCAACAAGAUGUCUGACUACGGUGACCACGACGCUGAGGAGUUCGACUACGAGCCCGCGGAGCAGUUCGACGAAAAUGAACCCGAGGACUUCAUUAACCCCGAGGAUCUUGAAGCUGCAGAAGGCGAGGCCGAGGGAUAUGGAGAAGAUGACUAUGCUCCUGCUGCGAAUGAAGAACGUGUAGUUGUUUCAGGCGACCCGAAUGCUGGAUACGCUGGCAAGAUUAUGGAGCAGGCUAGCUCAAAAAAGGUGGCCAACGAGGAUCGCACCACGACUCCAUACAUGACAAAGUAUGAGAAAGCCCGCAUUCUCGGUACACGAGCAUUGCAAAUCAGCAUGAACGCUCCUGUGCUUGUUGAUCUUGAAGGAGAAACGGAUCCCUUGCAGAUUGCUAUCAAAGAAUUGAACCAAAAGAAGAUUCCUCUGAUCGUGAGAAGAUACCUGCCAGACGGAAAGUAUGAGGACUGGACUUGCGAAGAGCUGCUAUAGACGUGACCCGACCCCAUCUGAAUUUGUCUUUUAUUUUCCUUCUUUUGUAUUUGGCGGUCAUUUUCAUUUCGCUUCAAUAGGCAUAGCGUUUGGUGUUUGGGUGUACAAGGGCAGAUGGUAAUACUCAACCAGGACCGGUUCAAUCUCACCGGGAAUGGGAAGAAACAAAAAAGGAAUAAUGGGCCAACGGGAGAGUAAAUAAA